UCCUGCUAUACUGAAGGCGUCUAUCGGUUUUACAAUCCGCCGUGUGAACCGGGAUGCAGGCGGAUCCAUGAAGCCGUGGGCUCCCGGGCAUGUUUCUGUCACUAUCAGGAAAUGAAUGUUGUUUAUAAAACCUCGCCUUUACCUCUCAUUAGUAGUGAACAGGCAGCAGUAUCCGCAUGAGAGAGACUCCUCUGUUGAUUUUUUAGCCGUUAAUUUGAAAUUCUUUGACGGUUGAGAGGAGCAGCAGCAGCAGCGGCGGCCACAGGGAGCAGAACUAACAAGCCGCGGCCGCUUGACAGGUGCCGUCGCCCGGCUCUGCGUGGGGAGAUGCCGCCCGUCCAGAGAACGAUGUCCGAUCUUCGUACCCGGGCGGAGGGAUAUGAAAAGACAGAGGACACAUCAGAAAAGACGUCCUUAGCUGACCAAGAAGAUGCCCGACUGAUAUACCUCAAUCAGCCGCAGUUCACCAAGUUCUGCAGCAAUCGGGUCAGCACAGCCAAAUAUAAUGUCCUCACCUUCCUCCCCCGGUUCCUCUACUCACAGUUCAGGAGGGCGGCCAAUGCCUUCUUUCUCUUCAUUGCACUCUUGCAGCAAAUCCCAGAUGUGUCUCCCACUGGUCGCUGGACCACACUGGUGCCGCUGCUCUUCAUCCUGGUGGUGGCUGCUGUCAAAGAGAUCAUUGAAGAUCUGAAACGACACAAUGCUGACAGUGUUGUCAACAAAAAGGAAUGUCAAGUACUGAGAAAUGGUGCCUGGGAGAUCGUGCACUGGGAGAAGGUGGCUGUUGGGGAAGUAGUCAGAGCUGCCAAUGGAGAUCACCUCCCGGCUGACCUCGUCAUUCUGUCGUCCAGUGAACCACAGGGUAUGUGCUACAUCGAAACAUCAAAUUUGGACGGAGAAACCAACCUUAAAAUCAGACAGGGUCUCCAAGUAAGUGCAGACUUAAAGGACAUCGACAGCCUGAUGCGUCUCUCUGGAAGGAUGGAGUGCGAGAGCCCGAACCGCCACCUCUAUGAGUUUGUUGGAAACAUCCGUCUGGAUGGACACAGCACCAUCCCACUGGGUCCGGACCAGAUCUUACUGAGAGGAGCUCAGCUGAGGAACACCCAGUGGGUGCAUGGUGUGGUGGUCUACACAGGACAUGACACUAAGCUCAUGCAGAAUUCCACCCGUCCUCCUCUGAAGCUGUCCAACGUGGAGCGCAUCACCAACUUUCAGAUCCUCGUUCUGUUUGGCUGCCUGCUGGCCAUCUCUCUGGUCUGCUCGAUAGGCCAAACCAUCUGGAAGUACCAGUACGGCAACGAUGCCUGGUACAUGGAUCUCAACUCUCCAGAUGGCGGGGCGGCAAACUUUGGCCUCAACUUCCUCACCUUCAUCAUCCUCUUCAACAACCUGAUCCCCAUCAGUCUGCUGGUCACCCUGGAAGUUAUCAAGUUCAUCCAAGCCUUUUUCAUCAACUGGGACACUGAUAUGCUUUAUGAGCCGACUAACACCCCUGCCAUGGCUCGGACGUCCAAUCUGAAUGAGGAAUUAGGCCAGGUGAAGUACAUUUUCUCUGACAAGACCGGGACCCUAACCUGCAACGUGAUGCAGUUCAAGAAGUGCACCAUCGCCGGCGUGGCUUAUGGUCACGUCGCUGAGGCUGAGGAGGGUAGUUUUGCAGAGGACGACUGGCACAGCACGCAGUCAUCAGAAGAGGCAGGAUUUAAUGACCCCAGCUUACUGGAAAACCUCCAGAGUAAUCAUCCUACAGCUUCUGUCAUCCAGGAGUUCAUGACCAUGAUGGCCAUCUGUCACACUGCAGUCCCUGAGCGCAUGGAUGGAAAUAUCACCUACCAGGCAGCCUCUCCAGAUGAGGGAGCUCUGGUGAGAGCAGCGAGAAACCUUGGCUUUGUGUUUUCAGGUCGAACCCCAGACAGCGUCAUUGUGGAGAUGCUCGGUACGGAGGAGAAAUAUGAACUGCUACACGUGCUGGAGUUUACAAGCGCGAGGAAGAGGAUGUCAGUCAUCAUGCGCACCCCAUCUGGAAAGAUCCGCCUCUACUGCAAAGGAGCUGACACGGUGAUCUAUGACCGCCUGGCAGACAGCUCCAGGUACAAAGAGAUCACAUUGAAGCACCUGGAGCAGUUUGCAACUGAAGGGCUGCGCACUCUGUGCUUUGCGGUUGCAGACGUCAGCGAGUCGUCCUAUCAGCAGUGGCAGGAGAUCCACCACAGAGCCUGCACCUCCCUGCAGAACAGAGCCCUGAAACUGGAGGAGAGCUACGAAUUGAUAGAGAAGAACCUGCAGCUUCUGGGAGCCACAGCCAUAGAGGACAAGCUCCAGGAUAAAGUCCCCGAGACCAUUGAGACUCUGAUGAAGGCAGACAUCAAGAUCUGGAUCCUGACAGGGGACAAACAGGAAACGGCUAUCAAUAUUGGACAUUCCUGCAAACUGCUGACCAAGAACAUGGGCAUGCUCGUGAUCAAUGAGGACACACUGGAUAGAACAAGAGAAACGCUCAGCCAUCACUGUGGACUGCUGGGAGAUGCCCUCUACAAAGAGAACGACUUUGCUCUCAUUAUUGAUGGAAAGACUCUGAAAUACGCCCUGACGUUUGGAGUGCGACAGUACUUCCUGGACCUCGCCCUGUCCUGUAAAGCUGUCAUCUGCUGCAGAGUAUCUCCUCUCCAGAAGUCUGAGGUGGUGGAAAUGGUUAAGAAGCAGGUGAAGGUGAUCACACUGGCCAUCGGUGACGGUGCCAACGACGUGGGGAUGAUCCAGACAGCUCAUGUUGGUGUGGGAAUCUCCGGUAACGAAGGCCUGCAGGCGGCAAACUCCUCUGACUACUCUAUUGCCCAAUUCAAAUACUUGAAGAAUCUGCUACUGGUCCACGGAGCCUGGAACUACAACCGUGUGGCCAAGUGUAUCCUGUACUGCUUCUACAAGAACAUCGUCCUCUACAUCAUCGAGAUCUGGUUUGCAUUCGUCAAUGGCUUCUCAGGGCAGAUCCUGUUUGAACGCUGGUGCAUCGGCUUGUACAAUGUGAUCUUCACUGCUCUGCCUCCACUCACUCUGGGAAUUUUUGAGCGCUCCUGCAGGAAAGAAAACAUGCUGAAAUAUCCUGAACUCUACAAAACCUCCCAGAAUGCCAUGGGCUUUAACACCAAGGUCUUCUGGGCCCAUUGUCUGAACGGCCUCUUCCACUCCGUCAUCCUCUUCUGGUUCCCCCUCAAAGCCUUCCAGCAUGAUACGGUUUUUGGCAACGGAAGAACUCCAGACUAUCUUCUCUUAGGCAACAUGGUUUACACGUUUGUGGUCAUCACAGUUUGUCUUAAAGCCGGCUUGGAGACCUCGUCCUGGACCAUGUUCAGCCACAUCGCCAUCUGGGGAAGCAUCGGCCUAUGGGUGGUGUUUUUCAUUAUCUACUCCUCUCUGUGGCCCCUCAUCCCCCUGGCUCCUGACAUGUCUGGAGAGGCGGACAUGAUGUUCAGGUCGGGGGUCUUCUGGAUGGGCCUGUUCUUCAUCCCUGUCACCUCGCUGGUCUUUGACGUAACCUACAAAGUGGUGAAGAAGGUGUGUUUCAAGACUCUGGUGGAUGAGGUUCAGGAGCUGGAGGCUUUAUCCAAAGACCCUGGAGCAGUGGUGCAUGGAAAGAGUUUGACCGAGAGGGCCCAGCUCCUGAAGAACGUCUUCAAGAAGAGCACGGUCAGCUUAUACCGCUCUGACUCCAUGCAGCAGAACCUGCUCCAUGGUUACGCCUUCUCUCAAGACGAGAACGGAGUGGUGUCUCAGUCUGAGGUCAUCAGGGCGUACGACACCACCAAACAGAGGACCAACGAGUGGUGAGCCGCCAUCCAACCUGGAGCCACAGCCGCCGCCGUUUCUGUUGGCGACAUUUCAAGCUUAACGGGGCACGAGGAGGAGAGCUGCGCGUGGGUGCCUCCUGCACUGAAGGGAUUUUUGGGAAAAUGAAACAGAGGAGAGUGACGUCUUUGAAAAAGGGAAGAAAAAAAAACAAGGAACAAAAAUGAAAUGUGUUCACUAUCAGCUGUAGUUGUUUGUCCAGCAGACAUGAUGAGCACUGUGCUUUCUUUAGCAGUCUGUGGUCUGAAGUUCUUCACUCGUCCCGCUCAUUUUAUGGGGGUGAAUGUCUCCUUUCUAUUGAUUACAACCUAAAAUUGUCGGAUCUCCUGAGUUAAAACACUGGAUGAUGUUUAGUUUUGAAAGAUUGCCAAAGAGCAGUCGUGUAUACAAUCUUCCAAGAACUAGUGAAUUGGGAAAACCAAAUGUAAUGACACUUGUGAGUGUAUUUCAGCACUAAAGGGACCACUUCAGAGCAGACAUUUGUAACAUUUUAGUUGUUUUUGCACUUAAGGAGCAUCUCUUAUGUAAAGCCUUACAUUUGCUCAUGCCUUCAUCCUCGUUUCUUUACUGUUUUUUAGUUUCACUUUUAAACUAUGUAGAUAUCGUGCCUGGUUUUACUUCUUUUAUUCUGGUUUUAUUUUUUAAAGACAUUGCCGUAGUCCUGUUUCCACCGCUUUCUACAGCAGAAGCAGACACUAGCAUUCCACACGUCACUCCUGUCUCAACAAUCACAACGGUGCCUACGUCGAACUUUUCCCUCAUAGAAGAAUAGCCAAGAGUAGUUUAGCCAGCUAGCUUAGACCAGUGCUCCACCUGCUGAAGACUAAACCACCGUCUCCCACUCACAGUAUUGCACUCGUACAAUGUGAAAACUACAGAGUGCCUUGUGGCACAUGUUUAAACGACGAUUUGUUCCUACAGAGGUGAACUGGACGCUCUCUGACGGUCUCACAGCGGUGAUAGAGAAUCCCUUAAAAUGGAGAUUUUAUCCUUCUAACAUAAGUGCCAUUAGCUUAAGGGAGAGUGAAAUAUUAGCCAGGAACUCCACGACUUUAUCAAACUACUUUGUCUCUAUAGUUAUUUUGUGGAUUUGUAUUUUUAUAUUGGAGAUGUAUGACUUUUGCAUUGACUGGCUUUGUAAUGAACUGUCACUGUAACUCUUGUUUUUCUUCCUCUGAUAAACUGGCAGGUUAGAGUAGAUCGAAUGAGGAACGGAGCUUUCUUAAAUGUCUUGUUAUCAUUAUUAAUAUUGUUACAGCUUGAUUUAUUUAUAAUGACUACUUCAUGUCUGUGUAAUUGCUUUCUUCUCCCUAUGGGAGAUCAGAUUUCUGACCGUGUGUGUGACUGCGUGCGUCGGUUUAUCGCCUGCAUGUGCAUGUGCCGUAUGUGUGCGUGUGCCACCUCUACCGUGUCUCUGUAUGCACUGCAUGUCUGUGUCCUCUAUGUGAGACUGGGGGGGGGUCUCUGCCCUCCCAGUCCUCCCAGUGUGUUUCCGUAAUGAGUGUGCGUACGUGCGUCCGUCUGCACGACUCCAGGUAAAGCUACGCCGUUUCUGCUGAUGCAUGGCCCCUGUACGGGAGCGCGUGAAUGUGUGCGUGUUUGUGGUCAAACUCUCGGCCUGGACUGUGAGAGUUUUUGAUGCUGAGCUCGCUUCGACAGGAGAUGUUGCACAAAGCACUCGAUGUACCUUUCCAGUAGUGAAUCUCUGGUAUUCUCUGCUUUCAGUAUUUGAUUUCUCUUCAGUGUUUGUAACUCGUUUUCUACACGCAGUGUUCGGCUGCUUUACAAAAACGCUUUUUUGUGUUGAGUGAGGGUUUCUUUUUCCUCAGCUGGUCUUUCGGUGUCAGCGAUUUAAUUGGUCGUCAUCUCGUCCAAAAGUUUCCAAACUGCUGAAUGUGGAUGUCACUGUCGUCGUGGAAGGCUUUGGGACUGUUGCUUUCUUUUUUUCAGAAAACAUAGAAACUCACGUUGUUGUCUGUGAAAGUCGUGGGCUGCAUGAAUGGAUAACACAAACUGUUCUCUGAAAUGUUAACUGUACUACUUUGAUUCUCCCUCGAGUGUCGAUCACGCCACACGAGAGGAAAAAAACGCACCUUUAACUUUCUGUUGGAUAUUAGGUUCUUUUCCGUCAUUUUGUUCAAUGAUUGUUCUGCAUGUUGGGACUGCAAACUUAUAAGUGUUGUCUUUUACUGCCAUGAAGGACUACUGAAAUAAACUUUACAAUCA